GCGCCCCGCGCCCGCCGCGGCCAGGCCGUUCGCUACUUAAACGCCGGCCAUGGACCCGGGCGCCGGCGCGAAUCAAUGAGAUCAAACGCGGGGGACAUGCACCGUCCAUUCCAAGCACUCGGACAAGUCGAACUUUCUUCUUCUUUUACAAAUACGCUCUCAACAGCCACCUUAGCAACGCCCAAGUAGAAGCCACCUCUAAGCAACAUAGUGUAUAUACAGGGAGGGCGACUAUGGAUAUAUGUUUAUAAUGAGUCUAAUGUGUGAAUAGUGACAGGCGUGCAGGUUUACACCCGGUGAACUUCUUCUUCUUUUUUUUUUUUAAACGAGUGACACUGCAAGAAGGACUGUUGUUCCUCUCUGUCUGUUGGCGAGGCAGCGAAGGGGCAUCUUACCUGCGGACAGCGCCCGCCCGAGGGGCGCGGGGCCUGGGCGCGCGGAGAGGGGCGGGCCGCGGAGGGGCGCGGCGGCGGGCGGGCGCGGUCCGGGGCACCAUGCCGUCCCUGCGGGCGCUGGCCCUCUCCGCGUGCGCCCUGCUCGGCUGGGCGGCGCUGGGCGGCGGCGCGGGCGGCGCGGGCGGCGGAGCGAGGCGCCGGGGGAGAGAGCCGCCGCCGCCGGCGCCGCAGACGAUCGAGGUGCUGGUGCUGCUGCCGCGGGACGACUCGUACCCGUUCUCGCUGGCCCGCGUGCGGCCGGCCAUCGAGUACGCGCUGCGCGGCCUGGAGGCCAACGGCACGGGCGCGCGGCUGCUGCCGCCGGGCUCGCGCUUCCAGGUGGCCUACGAGGACUCGGGCUGCGGCAACCGCGCGCUCUUCAGCCUCGUGGACCGCGUGGCGGCGGCGCGCGGCGCCCGGCCCGACCUGCUGCUGGGCCCGGUGUGCGAGUACGCGGCGGCGCCCGUGGCGCGGCUGGCGGCGCACUGGGACCUGCCCAUGCUGUCCGCGGGCGCGCUGGCCGCCGGCUUCCAGCGCAAGGACGCCGAGUACUCGCACCUGACGCGCGUGGCGCCCGCCUACGCCAAGAUGGGCGAGAUGCUGCUCGCGCUGUUCCGCCACCACCAGUGGCGCCGCGCCGCGCUGCUCUACAGCGACGACCGGCUGGAGCGCAACUGCUUCUUCACCCUGGAGGGCGUCCACGAGGUGUUCCAGGAGCAGGGCCUGCACACGGCGGCCUACAGCUUCGACGAGGCCCACGACCUGGACCUGGAGGACAUCGUGCGCUUCCUCCAGGCCAGCGAGCGAGUGGUGAUCAUGUGUGCGAGCAGCGACACCAUCCGGGGCAUCAUGCUGGCGGCGCACAGGCACGGGAUGACCAGCGGGGACUACGCCUUCUUCAACAUCGAGCUCUUCAACAGCUCCUCCUACGGAGACGGCUCGUGGAAGAGAGGGGACAAGCACGACUUUGAAGCUAAGCAGGCGUACUCGUCCCUCCAGACGGUCACUCUGCUGAGGACGGUGAAGCCCGAGUUUGAGAAGUUCUCCAUGGAGGUGAAGAGCUCUGUGGAGAAACAAGGCCUCAACGAGGAGGAUUACGUGAACAUGUUCGUGGAAGGGUUCCAUGACGCCAUCCUGCUCUACGCGCUGGCUCUGCACGAGGUGCUCCGGGCCGGCUUCAGCAAGAAGGACGGCGGCAAGAUCAUCCAGCAGACCUGGAACAGGACCUUCGAAGGCAUCGCCGGGCAGGUGUCCAUAGACACGAACGGGGACCGGUACGGGGACUUCUCGGUGAUCGCCAUGACGGACGCAGAGGCGGGCACCCAGGAGGUGAUCGGCGAUUACUUCGGGAAGGAAGGUCGCUUUGAGAUGCGGCCCAACGUCAAGUAUCCGUGGGGCCCCCUGAAGCUGCGGCUGGAGGAGCCCGGGCUGGCGGGGCACAGCGGCGGCGCCCCCUGCAAGGCGUCAGGUGGCCUAGAAGAGUCAGCAGUCACAGGAAUUGUGGUGGGGGCCUUACUAGGAGCUGGUCUGCUAAUGGCUUUCUACUUUUUCAGGAAGAAAUACAGAAUAACCAUUGAGAGACGAAGCCAGCCGGAAGAAAGUAAUGUCGGGAAACACCGGGAGCUUCGGGAAGAUUCCAUCAGAUCCCACUUUUCGGUGGCUUAAAAGGGAAGCCUUUUCUCUCGGCCCGAGAUUCUUGGGGGAGAUUGAUGGGAUGAAAGACCUGAAUGGAACGGAGGAGUGCUCUUGAAGAACUCAUUCUUUUCAGCAUUUAGCCAUUUCGUUGUAAGAUUUCUUUAGAAGCUCAGGAACUGUUAUCUGCCAUCAGAUGCCUCAGGGCCUUUCAUCUAAGGACAAGAAAAUGCCAGAAUAUAAUGUCACCUGUUAGCCGGGCCCACUGACUGGCUUUAUGGUUUGAGAACCUGGUGUCUCCCAGUCUUGAUGGCUUUUGGGGCAUUUCACACAAAGGCUAUAAAAAUGGGGUUUUCUCAAGUGAAACGUUUUGUGGCUAGAAUAAAAUCAUUUUUACAAGUAGAAUAUUCCUAGGAAGAAUGGAACACCCAAGAAAAGGAACAUGGAACGAAAAAUCUCAAGGUGGGAAGUAACGCUCGCACCUCUCUCUAGCGCUGUCCAAUGUAUACAUUCAGGUGCCGACUUCCUCUCUUGAGAAAGGAUUUCCUCCUGUCUCCUUCAGUGUCUCCUAAAAGCUGCUCUGGACAGUUGUAACUAUUACUGAGAUAAGAGGCUUUAUACAAGAAAAGCAAAUCUGAAAUGUUUCAUUUUUUUAAAAAUGUAAAAAAAGCAAAGCCCUAUUUCGCACUAACAUCUUAUUUUUAAGUAUUUUGAUCUUAUAUUUUGCUAUUAGAUAAUGUGUCUAUUUUUUCAUUUUGAAGAUUAAAUUUCACUUAUAUUUGAAAAGCAUGGGUACAACAGUGAUGAAAGAUGCUUCUCUCCCCCCCCCCCCCCCCCCCCCCCCCCGCCCCCCGUCCUUUUUCCCCUGGCCAGGCCCAAAUGCAAACUGCUGCUUUAAUCACAGAGCCCUGUCUUCUGAUUGCACUCUGCAGGAGCACAUUCAUUUGCUUGUUUUAAAUGCAAGUUAUUUUAGGGAUAUAGAUCCCUUCCAAUGCCGGCUAGAUGAUGAGUUUCAGGAUCAAGAGGGAAAUGUACUAGAAUUUAGUAGGAUUUCAUAAGGGGAGGCAGCUCUUUUUCCUCAAGAAGAACUUGAUAAGAGAGUUAGAACUUGAAAGUAAACACAGAAAUGAUAAAUACAAGGCAUCUUACCAAAAUUUACAGUGAUGAUUGGGGUUAAAAGAGGGAAUCUAACUAGCGACUCUAUUCCUUCUCAGUUAAUCCCACAGGGUUUUGUAGUCAUCCACCAGUAGUCUGAUAACGGUGGUUGUGGGUGUGGAUAUAAGGAAUUUGGACAAAGUUGAAUAAGUAUUUACUGAAUUGCUUCAUUGCACCCAGGUUUAAAUUCAGGCCGUCAUUUUAUGAUUUGUGGGGACAAUGGACGGUGAGGACAGAAUGGGACAUUGCUGGGUUAGCUAGCAUACCGCCUUGUAAUCAGGUCACUCUGUCCUUGAUAACAUUUGGAGCAUCCGGAAAAUAGGUUUAGACAUCAUCUUAAUGUCUGUGAAAGACCAUGUGCAGGGAGGCCGAUAGUGGAGUCUGAGCAGUUCCUCAGAAGUGGCGGCGGUCGUAGCUCGAACAGGUGAGGGCGGAGGCAGAUGCGUGGAAGCGUGUCUUGGCAGUUGGUCCUACCUGGCUUCCUGGAGGAGCUGGCCCCUGUCACUCCUCCUCCCGAAGGUCAAAGGGCACGGAUUCUUCCUGGGGGAGGCACAUGUCCCCUUUAUGGCUUACAAAUGCGAUGCAGGCAGCUGGAGAACGUGAUCAGAGAAAUAAGGAUGAUCAACUGGAGCAACGGCGUUGUCGUUCUCCAUGUUGGAUGCAGAGAAAAAAGCACUAAGUUAAAAAAGGAUGGAAAAAGAAAGCAAGCGAGGCAAGCUCCAGAAAGCCCAGCGCAGGAAGAGAGCCGGGGAAGUGAAAGCCAGAGAAGCGAAGCGAGGAACAGCUCAGGCCUCCGCACAGCAAAGGCUUGAUCCCACUUUGUUUUUAUGAACGGAGAACUGACUUCUCUCUGGUUCUUAUUUUUCAGUGGUGUUCGUCAUGUCUCUUAGAGAUGCUCAUCUUCUUUUAUCGUGUGUUUGUAAAGAGACAUUGGGCUCUGAGCCCAUGUGCUUAUUUGGAGGGGGUGAGGGGGAACACUCUACCUGGUUGCAGUCUUUGGGUCUAAACAUUUCUAACCGUUCCAUAAUCGACAGAGGGUCCCAUUAACUCACACUGCUAAAGCGACUACCUUUUAUCUCUACUUUAGGUAGAGGAGUAGUUCUGAAGUUAAUAUUAUCAUGUCCCCAGGUAAGAUUGUAAAAAUGAGUGAGAAUUGCAGUCUUUUAAAAACGGCAGAGGAAAUCAUGAGGUUCCUCAUCUGUGGAUGCCAUUCUCUUCCAUCUUAAAGCAGACCGAGGGCUCUUAAGAUGGACUGCUGAUGUCUGCCGUCCACCCGUUCUGCCUUGAACUCUCGUAGGUUUUGGAAAACUCCAUUCGGUUGGAAACCUUUGCAGAAAGUGUCGGUGUUUGGCCCACGAUGACCCUGGGCCCAGAGCUGUGGAGAUUGAAGUUUGGGAGUUAAGUUCCUAACUGCUAAGCAACAUCUUUGACAGCUAGUCACUUAUCCUCUGCCAGGAGCCACCUAUCGCGCAGUCAGGCGAACGGGGCUUUGGUUCUUAAACCGUUCUAUAUGAGCACAGUUUCCCCCGAAGCCCAGGGCGUUCAGUUUAGAAAGAGGGCAGUGCCCGCUGGCUCAGUGUCGGCCUGCGUGGAUGCCGGUCAAGGUCUAGCCUUUCCGCGUGCGCUCACGGUGUUGGGAGCCAGUGUAGCUUUUACGGCUCAUCAUUGCCACCUUCUCGGGUGGUUUGCCUGGACUCAGAGGACCGCUUCCAUCCAGAAAACACUCUCCGUACGGAGGGCGCGCCCUCCCCCACCCCGACCGCAGGUUCCGCGAGGAAUCCCCUGUAAACAUCGUGUUUCUUGGAAACACCGUCAGCGUGCCCCUUCCUGAGCCGCAGACACGGCCCCGCUGGCUUUGAAGGCAGCUCUCCGCCUGUCAGGAGCAGCAUCGCACGGAGGGAGGGGAGAAUCGUAUGGGGAUGAAUUCCUGAAAUGCUGAGACUCCAUGUGCAGACACUGCUCCCUUAUUCCCAGGCUGCCGGGGUCAUGGCCUUCUUCCAGGCCCCCGUGCCCUCUUUGCCCCCAAUUUCCCACUUUCCUCCUGUCCGGCGCUGGGUUCCGGAGGGCGAGACAGGCCGUUGGCAGUGAGACGGAGGCCGUUGUGUGGGUCUCACGCAGGGACUGGAAUUCAGGAGGGGGGUCCCCGUGGCGCCCCCUCGGGAGGACACGGUGGCUGUUGGUGGAAGUCUCCGUAGGAAACCACAUAGGAUACGAGGCCGUGCAUGAAGGGAGUGUUUCUGAAAGGAAAGGCCCGCAUACCUGUUUCCUGGGGCACAAAGGACUUGGCCGCUGCCUGGAUGUGGGCAGGAAGCCAAGUGCCAGACUGUGUGCCGGGGGCGGUUGGGUGAUGCGCUGGGCCCAGGGCCUCCUGAGGAAGCUGAUGGUGGACUGGCCUUCCUCAGGGAAAGCGAGGUUCUCUGAGCCCAGGGCGUGUGUCUGAGGGCAGGGUGGCCACAGAGGGAAGGAGGAGGCGUGUGCCUUGUUGGGGUGUCUCUGGAAGUGCGGACAAGCCGGGGAUUCUGUCCUCUUCGAGGGCCAGGCUCAGCCAGGAGCGCAGGCCACACCCGGCACAAGACUCGGGAGCGGGAUUCCUUGAAAGGAGCAGAAGGUACAAUCACAAACCGCCUCGUCUUCCCGCUCCUUCCUCCCGCAGCGGCCGCAGAGGGACCCCACACCUCCCCGGGGAGCCGGUGCCCAGGCUGGCUCUGAGCACGCAGAGCGAGUCCCCCGCGGGCUGGCAGCCGGAGCCCUACGUUAACUUGCCCACAGGCGCGGGGCCUUCUAGGCUGGGAAGAGCUUACAGGCCAACAAGCCCGGCUCCGUUUCCAGGGGCCGGUCUCCCACACACCCAGGCGCCUCCCCAGGCGCACCCCGCAGCAAGACUCCGGGAUUGAAACAGCUUUCCGAGGUGCCGGGAGGAGCGGGCCCAGAUUUCUCUUUAACCACUAACGCUCAUUCCUGCCCGAGGCAGAGCAGUGCCGCGCCGGCUGGUGCUGUCCGCCUUCCUGUCUUAGCUGCUUCAGACCUGGGGCAGGGCUCCGUGGGAGCGGGCCUCCGGAGUGAAAACCCACACGACAUCCUCGCCGUCCUCGCCGUCCUCGCCGUCCAACGGGCCGGCCGCAGCGUGCCUCCGGAGGGAGAGACUCGAACACGCAGAAUUAAGAUUUAGCAAAAAGUGCUGCAUUGCUCUGACUCGGGAGUGAAGACCCACAUUUCCCCGCAGCAGUCACCCAGGGGAGGCCGCGGCGGAGCCCACGGCCGGCUUCUCACGGGGACGUGGAGCCGCUGUCACAGCGCAGGGCCAGGGGGCAGAGGCAGGGAACGCUGGGUUUGGAAGCAGGGUGUCCUCUGCACCAUUCAGUUCCCAAGCUGAGCGCGUUCAAGGUGGCGGGCCUUCCUGGCCAGGUGGCCACGCGGUGCCCGAGGUGGCCAGGAGAGGCGGCGAGUGUGCAGACGGUUGUGCUGGGGCCUGGGAAUCUGAGCUCUGUCCCCCGUGCCUGGCGGGUAGUGACACAGAGCGGGCACGGUCCGGACACGGGGGAGGGUCCCUUAUCUUCCGGGCCGUGUUGUUCUCCGUUAACGUAAACACAGGACCACCAAACAGUACGGCCCUCCCCACGAGUCCAGUAGCCAGUCAGAGCAACAGUGGCACACGCUACAUACGGUUUCUGAUUCUUAUGUAAGUAGGACUAUCUGCAUAUAAUGUGAUUUAAUUUAUUGUUGUGUUGUGUAGAAAAUGAGAAUUAACGACUGUGGAUAUAACCCCUGUUUUGUACAAUGUAUUUUAUUUCUGGCACAAACUGGCCCUUUCACGUACCUGCUUCACUCGGUGUUUGGAUAUACAUGUGUACGUGUUCUUGUAAAUGUUUUCACUCAGCAGGAAUGCCACAUGCUCACGGCAUAACAACGCGUUCUCAUUAAAAACACAUCCCUCAGCAA